AACAGCAACUCUGAACGACGGCAAAGAAGAGAAGAAAGAAGAAGAAGAAGAAUUACAACAAAGACAACAUCAUGUCAUGCGCGGUGGCCGUACCAAAUUCUCCGAUAUUCUCGCCUCCGGCGUUCUACUGCAAGUCACCUUCACCGGCUCCGAUGAUUGGGGGCCCAGAUUUGCCACCACCAACACAGUCACCCUUGGCUCCGAAAGCGAUGAAGAAUGUUAGAGGAUAUAGGGAUCCGAGCGCCGGUGCUACGCUGCUGAAGAGGAAGAGGCCAGGGAGGUUAGAGAUACCGGUGAUGUCGGCUUCACCGGCGAUGAAUUCUCGAGUCAAGACGCCCGGAUUAGACUUGCAGGAGGUGGAGGUUGAGCAGGAGGGGUACUCGGUUUAUUGCAAAAGGGGAAAGCGUAGUGUCAUGGAGGAUCGAUACUCGGCUUCUGUUGAUCUCGAUGGAGAUUCUAAACAUGCUUUCUUCGGUGUUUUCGAUGGGCAUGGUGGUGCAAAAGCUGCUGACUUUGCAGCAGAAAAUUUGUGUAAAAACAUUUUGGCUGAAGUGUCGAGUGGAUAUGAAGAGGAUGUUGAAAUGGCAAUCAAUAAUGGCUACAUCAACACGGACAAAGAAUUUCUCAAGGAAGGUGCUGCUGGUGGUGCUUGUUGUGUGACAGCAUUGAUAUGGAAAGACAAUCUUCUGGUUUCUAAUCUUGGUGACUGUCGAGCUGUUAUGAGCCGAGGAGGAAGAGCAGAAACUCUAACAUCUGACCAUCAUCCAUCGAGGAAGGAUGAAAACGAGAGAAUUCAAGCCUUGGGUGGUUAUGUCGAUUGUUUCCAUGGGGUUUGGAGGUUGCAGGGAUCUCUUGCUGUAUCAAGAGCAAUUGGAGAUCAACAUCUUAAAAAGUGGGUGACAGCAGAACCUGAGACUACGGUCUUAAAUAUUAAGCCAGACUGUGAGUUCUUAAUCCUAGCCUCCGAUGGUCUGUGGGAGAAGGUUACCGAUCAGGAGGCAGUGGAUAUUGUUCGUGCGUUCUUUAUUGGUGCAGAUAAACCUAAACCAUUUUCAGCUUGUAAAAAGUUGGCGGAUUUGUCUAUAGGGAGAGGCUCCGUUGACGAUAUAAGUGUUAUGAUAGUUCAGUUGAGCCAUUUUGUUUCGUGAUUUAUUUUAGAUGAAGAGAUAACUCCAAUGUAGAUGGACACCUUUUCAUUUCUACCUUCAAGUGCCUUUUGUGAAGAGAGACUUGCAGCUUAUGAAGCUAAAAUGACUGCUCUUUCGAAUUUGUUUCCUGGUUACCCAAUUGUCGGAGAAGAUGGAGGUGAGAAUGGCAAUUUUGUCGAUAGCAUUAACUUAGUCAGUGACAAAUUGAGGCAGCCUUGUUGUCCGAUGUAAAUUCCUUAACUGUAAUAACAUUUUUAGUUCAAAUAACCAGUUGUCUCGUGGAUGAUGACUUUGUUU